UUGUGCGGUUGAAAUUUCUAUUUGGUCCUAUUAGCCUGUUCCGACGUGAAUAGGAGUUCGAAAUGAAAAGUGUUAGUAGCCGGAACCUCUCUACGGAUAACUCGCUGUGAUUGUACAGGAAUAAAAUUUAGGCCCGGAGGUUCGAGAUAACACAAGAUAAAGUGAUCGAUUAUCCUUAGUUAGCGAGUUCAUGUAAACUAUCCUUAUCGCAUCUGGUGAGUUUAAGUUUCGAUAAGCCUCGAGUGAACCUGUAGAACCCAUGAGGAAUUGUUUUGAGUGAUGUUUGUUGAUGUGACAUAAUUUAGUGUAUAAUCAAAGAGUAAGCAGAGUGAAAUCUAAAAAACAUCAAGUUAUUCUUUCAAAUCAGUGCCACAACCAGGAAUAGAUGAAAUCUCUUUAAGAAAAAGUCUGCCGGCUCUUCUUUUGAUCACGAAAUAACAGGAAAAUGCAAAUACGAUGGUACAGGAUAGCAUUAACGCUUCUGACUGUUGCCUCUCAAACGGCAGUGACACACGAUAUAUCAAACUCUCGAGAGAGAAGCAGUUCAACAAACGACCUCGAACCCAGCCAGUAUAGUAAUUCUGAAAAUGGAAAUAGAAUAGAUGAAAACUUUGUUAAAAAAUUUGAAGUGCCAUAUCACACAGAAAAUUUACACAAUAGUGACAUGAUAAAUCAUGAACAAUAUGAAGAUGACACUGUCGAUAAUUUUGAAGAGCUGAUUGCUAGUACUGAAGCAAUUUCAAUGAAAAAUGCUAAAAAAUAUUUACAGAAAGACAACAAAGUAUAUCGCAAAAAAUACAAUCAGAAUGAUGAUACUCAACAAACAAAUGAAUACUCUAGUGCUGCUCCGAUUUCUCAUUUUAAUGAUAGCGAAACCCCAGAAAAAACAUCGCACAUCGCCGCUGACUCUAAAAAACCACACAGUCGCAAAAAGCGAUUAAUUUGGAUAACAGAUGAUGGAAGACUGGCGCUUCCACCUGGCACAUCCCUGACCAUUGCGCCAACUAUCGCGUUGCCUUUCGUACGGUAUCCACCCACUGGAUUUCUAUCAAACAUCUCAAUCAGUUUGCCAGUCACCAUCGACUUCGACAAGCUCGGUUUAACGGAUAACCAAAAUCCUUUGGGAGUGCUACCACCGUUGUUUGCGCGGUCGAUGGGUCGUGCGGCAGGAACUGUUUUGGCCGAUUACGUUUCCGAUUACAUGCACUCCAGAAGACGUAAGCGUAGCUCACCGAGUUUUGAAAGUAGUGAAAGAUUCAAGAUUACCAGCAACUUCAUCGAUGGCGGUGAUGACGAACCUAGGACACCCGAGUUACCUGAAGAACACAAACAUGCAUUCCAUGGAGGAGAAAGAGCUUUGUUGUACACCGUAGUGGAAGAUUUCAUUGCCAAUUUCGGACUGGAUGGAAAAGCUUGUAUACUGCGUGCAAUUUGUGAAGUACAUUCGAACCCAGUAGAGAAAUUUGGAUUGAUAGGGGAAAUUUUGCGAUUGUUUUUCACAGCAUCUAUGUCGCCAUAUUCAGAACAUCUGCAAGAGUAUGUUUCUGCUGAAAACAUAGGUAAAGGGCAAUCUGGUCCUGGAGAAUGCUUCCCAUUUUUCAAAGACUGUCCAAAAAGUCUUUUUCGAACAAGUAGUAAAUUUCAACAGAACUUCAAAUCAGACUCAUUUAGUGAAAAAAGUGGUCAUGAUGAUCAAUACGAAAACAGUUUAGCAGAUCUCGAACGGGAGAUACGUAGUGCAAACGAAAAUGAUUCACCUCAAUCCAAAGAUGAAACCGUGAUACAACUAAACGGUGGCCUAAAUAAAAUAGUUAUGUAGAAAUAAUUGACACAAUGGAGCGAGGAAAAUCGAAAUACGUAUAGUCAAGCUGUAGAAAAUUCAACAGUUAGUUUUACACAAAUUUAGGGAAGACCGGGGCAAAUUCGGACGCUUUUUGGAAAAUGAAAAAAAAAACAUCCAUUACAACUAUGUUUUUACCCAAGUUAUCUAUACCGUUGUGUAGCUUCAACAUUCAGCUACAAUUUCCAAUUUGUGAUUUGGAAAAAAAUAUGCAUUCGUUUUCGUACCAAUAUUCCAGGGACCACGGGGCCAAUCCGUACUUCUUAUUGGGCUAAGCCGAAUUAUAAAGUUUCACACAAAAAUAAAGAACGAAUACAGUAGAGUAGAGUGCCAAAUCUCAAGAUAUCUUAAUGAACACGAGGACAUUGAAACCAUAUUCGAAUGGAUUCUCUGUUGGUUUCAACCAUACGUGAGACAUAAUCGUGCUUACCGAAAAUAUAGGUAAUGUCUCGAAAUUUGACACCCUGCUGUUCCAAAUAAUUUAUGCUGAAACUGAAGAGAGUUUUCAUUGAAGACAAUUUGAUUGUUUCGCUACAUACAAUGAACGACUUGAUUAAAUUUUUAGUAAAUCUAGUUUAGUGUGUCCGGCUGAGGCCCACUUUUUUGUCUGGUUUAGCCCUGCUCCGACAAUUCAUUUAAGAGGUGCAAUAAUAGUUUUGUUUACCACGCUAUACGAAGGACUCAAUAAUCACUGGAUUUUGCACGAAAUGAACUUUUAAAAGCAUUAACCAGACUGUCGUUACGAUACACAGAAAUCAAAUAUACCAAAAAUAUCAGAAAAUUUAAAAAAAUCGAUAUAAAAACCUACAUGUUUUGACAUGAACACGAUUGACGAUAAAUUGAAUUUACUCAGCGUCAUACUGACGUAGCUAACUGACGUCUGUCUGACACAUAGAAGCGUGUUAACAUAGUCAAUCUAAGGAUAGAAAUAAUUGUUGGUUUAUUAGAUAUUUAAACUGCCCGGUCUAACCCCGAUGUCCCUUAUUUAAUUGAAACAGAUCGAAGCCUUGCUAAAGGUAUAACUGUUUAACUGUGACCAUAUCGCCUUAAAGCCAUAUAUUUUAAAUACCCUUUAAGAUUGUAGUUCAAGGAAACAGGAAUGAGUUUCGAUGAUUAAUAUAGAUAUAAAGUUGUAUAUAUUUUUGGUCUCGUGUCGCAUCUGUGAAUAAUUACACAUUAAUCUCUUUCGUUUUUGCUAAACGACUUGUCAUCAAUUUGAAAAAAAAAUGAUAACAUCAGAUUUUAUGUUUUGUGAAGGUACUGGUGGUACAGUUGUCAUAGAACUUACGUGAGUAUGGAACUAAAAAAAAUGAAGAAUUAUGUUUCUGUAUGUUUUUCUUGGUUUAACGAUUGCCAUUUGACGUCGCUUUUUGGCACUUCCGGUAAAACUCUCAACGGGUGAGCGAGAAAGAAAGAACUCUUAUUCGUACUUUGACGGCUCGACGUAGCCACACAGCGAGAUUUUAGUUUGAAGUCCAAUGAAAAAAAAACAUUGAACUAUAAACAAACACUAACUGGCAAUAUAGCCUAAGUUGCUGUACCAUCAAAUCGGUGUCAUUUUAAGUGAGGUAACGCUAACCAGAAGAAAGGAAGAAGAAGAAGACGUCGCUUUUAUGAAAUUUGUAUACAGGGUCCGCCAUGUAACUUUUUUUUUUAAACAUGCAAUAAAACACAAACGGUUCAUCCGACUUCAAACUUUAUUUUUUAUAUUUAAGUACAAUCCUUCCGGUUAAUUGUGGAAUAUAAUUUCAUUCAAAUGGCUGCCUCGGUUGGCCUUGCAGUACGCCAUACGGUCGGUCCCGUUUUUUGUACUUUUUCGACUGUAUGCAGCUUUAUUUCAGCUAUGGCUGCACGAAUGUUGUCAUUCAAGGCUUGAAUUGUCUCUGGCUUGUCCACAUAACACUUAUCUUUGACAGCCCCCUAAAGAUAAUAGUCUAAUGGCGUCAAAUCACAGCUCCGAGGCGGCUAAACGACAUCCUAAUUUCGACUGAUAAUUCGAUCUUCGAAGACUGUGCGCAGAAGAUCGAUCGUAGCGUUGGCUGUGUGGCACGGAGCGCCGUCUUGUUGGAACCGAUUGGUGUCCAAGUCUUCCUCUUCAAGUAACGGUAAGAACCAAUCGCUAAUCAUGGCGCGGUAGCGCUCGCCAUUGACCGUGGUGGCGGCUCCUGCCUCAUUUUUGAAGAAAAAUGGCCCAAUGAUGCCGCCAGACCUAAAUCUGCAUCAAACCGUCACUCUCUGAGGAUGCAUCGGCUUCUCCAUGAUAACGUGCGGGUUUUCCGUCCCCCAGAUGCGACAAUUUUGCUUAUUAACAUACCCGUCGAGAUGAAAAUGUACCUCAUCCGAGAAGAUGAUUUUUUGGCAAACACAUUUCGCAACAUUACCAUGAUUUUCAAAGUAAAACUGCACUAUUUUUACGUGUUCCUCAAGCGUAUACACAACCAUUUUCGUUCAGCAAAAGGAUAAAAUUAAGUUCUGUCAAAUCAGAAGUGACAUUUAGGUUACCAAUGUCGAAAUAACCGCGAGUUAAAAAAAAAGUUACAUGGCGGACCCUGUAUGUAGUAUAAACAGUAAAAACAGCAACUUAUUUAUGCAAAAAUCACAGUUUAACUAAAGAUCAACGAAUAUUCCUUCGAAAUACCGGCCAGUAAAGCACAAUAAUAAUUUUUUGAAAGCACCACGAGACACAAAAGAUGGAUUGCUCUCUGAAGUUAGUUUAAUAUAUAUAUAUAUAUCAUUUUAUUAUGUAAAUGGCAAAACAUAUGUAAAGUCUGAAAAAAUAUAGUUUUUUGAUAUCAUUGCUGUGUGUAAUACGACUGAUAAACUUGGUCCGUUAUUCGAAGCAUGAAGGUAAAUACAUCAUCACAUGAAAUUCAUUUUGAUACUAAGAAGAAAACAUGGUCGGAAGGCCCACCUAAGAUAUUUUGUACAGUUAUUAGGAGUAUAAAUUAAAUGGAAACAUUCGAGUAUAUUAUAAAAUUUGCAUAUUAGCAUCUGUUAACUUUUUGUGUGUUUGAAAAGUAUGCAUGGAACCUGUUAUGUUAUAUAAGAAAUAUAUGGAAUAAGAAACAUUGUACUAUAUAUUGAAUAAUUUUUAUGCUCCAUUACAGAUUUUAAAAGAUAGCUACUAAGCAUAUAUUGAAGCAAUAUAAACAAACUUUACAUUCUUCAAAAUUAUUUCAAAUCGGAAUCUUGAGUGGUUGAAAAAGGAAUAGAUUAAUUACGGUUUCAUCUUCGAUUCUUAUGAUCGAAGCCGUUCGACUCGAACCACUUAUAGACGGUUCAACUUGAGGACACAAUUUUAAGUUAGCUGAAAUCAGCGCUAUGUCAUUUUUAUAGUCCAGACGAAAAGAAUGCACCUUUUAUCAGAUAAAAGUGAAUUUAUUGAUUACUGAAAUGGAAAGCACUAGUUACGGA